UGGAACUCAUGGGCCUUUAACAUCUGAGAGUUCAACAGUCAGCAAGAGCAGGAUGUUCAACAAACCUGAUGUUUAAACUCACACACUCAGAAACUCACGUGAUUAACUGGGAUUUUAUACAACAAAAUAAAGCCAGCAAGAAUUUGCUGCUGUUUGUAGGCCUUACUGGAGACAUUUUUCCCUGUCUGUGGUGCCACCCUUAUUGCCCCAAACUGGGUUCUAACAGCAGCACACUGCAUCAAGUAAGUCAUGAAUCUUACAUAAUCUUACAAAAUCUUACAUAAUUAUUAAGCUUGUUGGUUAAUAAAUUAAUAUUUUUUUUCAGGAAGGUGCAAAGCACUUUUUCAGGACAGAUUUGUGAAAAUAGAUUGCCUGAACUUUUGUCUGUAUGCUUAGCUUCCACACAUACCGGGUGGUCCUCGGAGAUCACAAUCAGAACCAGCAAGAGGGCCCAGAACAGUUCAUCAUGGUGGAUAAAAUGUUCAUACAUCCAAAAUGGAAUGACGGUUGCGUAUCCUGUGGGAAUGACAUCGCCCUCCUUAAACUGGAGAAAAGUGCCACCCUGAAUGACAAAGUGCAGUUAGCUUGCCUGCCCGAGCCCGAUUCUGUCCUUGCUCACAAUCUGCCCUGUUAUGCCACUGGCUGGGGCAGACUCUACACGGGUGGUCCCCGCCCAGACACGUUGCAGCAGGGCCUGGUGCCUGUUGUGGAGUAUGACGUGUGCCGUCAGAGUGACUGGUGGGGCUCCAGCGUGAAGGCCACCAUGGUCUGUGUGGGGGGAGACGCUGUGUCAACCUGCCAUGGAGACUCUGGUGGGCCUUUGAACUGUCAGGGCCGUGAUGGAAAGUGGAUCGUUGAAGGAGUCAGUAGCUUUGUGAGUGGCAACAGCUGUAACACCCUCAAGAAGCCCAGUGUCUUCACCAGAGUGGCCUCCUUCAUCCCCUGGAUCACAGAGGUCAGUAUGGGCAGACUGGACUUAAUAUAUUGUAUCAUUGUAGACAAACAUGAUUGCAGAAGCAAUUUUAUCAUUUCUGAUAUCCCAUGUUUUUCCUCUUUUAGACAAUGGCCAACAACUGAGAAAAGACUACAGCUUCUCUCAGUGAAAUUCUUAUACACAAACUAUUCACUUGGCUAA